CAGGAAUCAUAGACGAACAAGUCAUCAUGCCCAGGACCGUUCUCCAGGAUUAUCUGGAUCACAGCAUAACAUGUCCGAACAAAGCCAACCAUGUUUGGUGGCUUCUGUCAUCCCACGGCUCCGUGCGGGACGAUCGGCGGUCCCGCAGCCCAAUCCUACAAGGUGAGCAAGACAUGGAUGAUGGGAGAAAUCCUGGGCGGGUCGCGGCCUUGCAGUGGUCGAGGCAGCUGUCAGUCAAGGGCAGAAUAUCCUGGUCAUUUCCGAGAGCUCUGACUCGUCUUGAGAUCCCUGUCUGGCCGUGGGCACAGGCCGUUACGUGUCAUGACUUUCUUGGGUAAAGUCGCCGUUAGCGAGUCUUGGAUGGCCUUCGGCUUUGACCGGAGAUUUCACAUUCAUUUCUUGCAGCUGCGACAUUGGACAAUGGCUUGAUGCAGACCCAUGUCGAUGGUAUGGUUGAGUCGUGGUGAUUGAUGGACUGAUGAUGAUGGCUGGUCCCGGGGGUGGAAGUGGAAGGGGAGGUUCUUUGUGACGGGUGGUUUUUGUGUCGGCACGUGUUCUGCCCGAAAUGUU